UGCGCCCAACCACUAAAUAGAGUUACCAAACGCCCUUCUUUCUCUCUCUUCUUUCUCUCUCUAUAUAUACAUACAUACACACAUAUUUCUAUAUAUAUUCACAAUUUCAGAGCAUUUCCGCCAGUGAUUUCAAAAUUUCUCGACUAUAAUUCCUACUCCGUGACCUAAUUUCCGAUUACAAACCGUUUAAUCGACGUUUUGAUCUUCAAAAUUUGACUCAGAAUCAUGUCACGCUACCAUGAAGAUGAUGAAUAUGUGGCUGAUGAAUAUGAAAUGGAAGAUUUAGAUGAUAAUAUGGAUUAUGAGACUAAUGACAGAGAUAUUGGUUCAGACUCUGAUGGGGAUGAAUACGAGUACAUGAGUAAUAAGCUGCAAGAUACUUCUGCUGCUCAAGCAAGAAGAGGCAAAGAUAUUCAAGGUAUUCCAUGGGAAAGGCUCAGCAUCACUAGAGAAAAAUAUCGGCAAACUCGACUCGAACAAUACAAGAAUUACGAAAAUAUCCCUCAAUCCGGGGAGACAUCAGAAAAGGCAUGUAAAGCCACAAACAAAACGGGCAUGUUUUAUGACUUUAGACGGAGUUCAAGAUCCGUUAGAUCGAAAAUUCUUCAUUUUCAGUUAAGAAACCUAGUAUGGGCUACAUCAAAGCAUGAUGUCUACUUUAUGUCGCAUUCCUCUGUCUACCAUUGGUCUUCCUUAAAAUCCAAGAAGACUGAAGUCCUUAACUUAUAUGGACGCGUGGCACCAUCUGAGAAUCACCCUGGAAGUCUACAAGAGGGAUUUACUCAGACCCAAGUUAGUACAAUUGCAGUUAAAGAUAAUUUGCUCGUUGUUGGUGGGUUCAAAGGAGAACUUAUAUGCAAGAUUUUAGGUAGACCUGGAGUUAGCUUCUGCACAAGGACAACUUAUGAUGAAAACGCUAUAACUAACGCUCUUGACAUCUGUACUACCCCAAGUGGUGCGGUCCAUUUAACAGCUUCAAACAACGAUUGUGGACUCAGAGAAUUUGAUAUGGAAAAUUUUAGGAUGACUAAACACUUCCGUUUUCCUUGGCCAGUAAAUCAUACAUCUACUAGCCCUGAUGGAAAACUUCUUACAGUUGUCGGGGACAACCCUGAAGGAUUGUUGGUGGACUCCCAUUCAGGAAAGACAGUUGCAUCCUUGAAAGGACACUUGGAUUUCUCGUUCGCAUCCGCAUGGCAUCCCGAUGGUCAAACGUUCGCGACAGGGAAUCAAGAUAAAACCUGCAGAGUUUGGGAUGUUCGAAACCUGUCAGAAUCCGUAACAGCGCUUAAGGGCAACAUCGGAGCCAUUAGAUCUAUACGUUAUUCAUCCGACGGUCGGUUCAUGGCCAUGGCGGAACCCGCUGACUUUGUGCACGUGUUUGACGUCAAAAGCGGUUAUCAGACAGAACAGGAGAUUGAUUUCUUUGGUGAGAUAUCGGGUACAACGUUUAGUCCUGACGCAGAGUCGCUUUUCAUCGGAGUAUGGGAUCGUGAGUAUGGCAGUCUACUGGAAAUGGGACGGAAGCGCAAUAACUUUUAUUUGGAUUCGCUAUUUUGACGAUGCGGAAUCGAAUAAAGUGAUGAUUUUGUCAAGUGUAAAAAUCUUUUUUUUUUGUCAUGUGUAGAAAUAUAGAGAUGUACAGAAGCUAGCAAAGAGACUGGCUAUUGAAAUCAGAGUUAUGUCACAAGACUUUUAUAUAUAUUAAACUUCUAUUGCAUUCAAA